AUGGUCCUCACAAUCCACCAUCUCCACGUCUCCCAAUCCGAGCGCCUGCCCUGGCUCUGCGAAGAGCUCAACAUCCCCUACGAGCUAAAGACCUACCACCGCGCGCCUCUCCUCGCACCCCCCGAAUACAAAGCCCUCCAUCCGGCCGGCACGGCCCCCAUAAUCACAGACGGCGACGUGACUCUCGCCGAAAGCUGCGCCUGCAUCGAAUACAUCAGCCAUCGCUACGCCGACGGCAAACUCUUCUUGCCCCCUUCGCAUCCUCGGUAUUCAGAGUUCCUGUACUGGUGGCAUUGGGUCGACGGGACGUUUUCGCCGAGCGUGACGCGCUCGAUGAUGAUGCGGGGGGCGGGUGUCAGUGAAGAGAACCAGUUUAUGAUCAUUACGAAGACAAGAUUGCGGAAGGCCCUGGGGGCGUUGGAUGAGAGGUUAGCUGGGAAUAAGUGGUUGGCGGGGGAGGAGUUCACGGUGGCGGAUCUGAUGGUUGUGUUCUUGUUGACAACCUUUCGAUAUUUCGAGCCUUAUGGGCUGGGAGACUAUUUGAAUAUUGUGGCCUUUCUGGGAAGAGUGGGUGAGAGAAAGGCGUAUCGGGUGGCGAUGGUUAAGUGUGAUCCGGAUAUGGAGUUGCUGUUGGGGGCGGAGGGCCCGGAGAAGUCGUUUAUGGAAAGGAAUAAUUGA